AUGGAUCAGAAGCACUCCAGCGGGCUCAUCGCCUCCCCUCCUCCGCACACCGCACCACAACCGGCAGGCCCAUCUCCGCGAGGAGCCCGUAUCUUCUUCACAUCCAUUGCUCUCCUCAUUGUCGGCUUCAUCUACCUCAUAGUCUUCGUCGCUGUACCGAACGACCGCGCCAAUAACCUAAAAAAGCAACAGGUCGCGGACGCGGCUAUCCGCGGUCCGGAGGUGUUCCAAGAGAUGCUGGAGGAGAUGAAGUCGUUGCGGAAGGUGAUGGAGCGGAUCGCAGACAAGAUGACUUGA